AUGCCUGCCUAAGUGGUUGAGUGUACAUUUCACCAUGGUAACAUCUCCCUAUGUGGUUUACAGUAAACGCGCUACUUUCAUAAUAACGAAGUAAUUGAUAGAAGUACUGCAAGGUUAAAUACGAAAUGUCAGACGACAGACUGUUUGCAACGAGUCACAGGUUUGAAGUAAACAAUCCGAAUGCAAAGACGCUUCAAAAAGCCCUGACACUGCAGAAAUCGCGAAUUGAGACCGAUGAAAAGAUCGCGCAAAGAACAGAGGUUGAAAACUUAGUUUCGAGGGAAUUGGAAAGAGCAAGGUGGUUCAGUAGUCUUGAAGGGGACAGUGAAAAGAGGCGCGAGAGAAGAGAAAAAUGUCUUGCUGACGAUGAACUUAAAAUGGCUAACGAAGAAUUCAUAAAGAUUCGCCGUGCUCAACUUAGAAAGUUGUUAACAGAGGAAAAUUUCCAAUUCGAGAAAGAACUCAAUGGACGUGGAAAAGCAUUUUACAAGAAGAGAAUUUAAACCCUCAUUAGCGUGACUAAAAAUAUUCUG